AUGGCAGAGGAGGUAUGGGUGGGCACCUGGAGGCCCCAUCGCCCCCGGGGGCCCAUCAUGGCCCUCUACAGCAGCCCUGGACCCAAGUAUCUGAUUCCACCCACCACGGGCUUUGUGAAGCACACGCCCACCAAGCUGCGUGCACCGGCCUACAGCUUCCGUGGGGCCCCCAUGCUUCUGGCAGAGAACUGCUCCCCAGGGCCCCGCUACAGUGUGAACCCUAAGAUACUGAGGACUGGCAAGGACCUCGGCCCCGCCUACUCCAUACUGGGGCGCUACCGCACUAAGACCACGUUGACCCCUGGCCCUGGCGACUACUUUCCAGAGAAAUCUACCAAAUAUGUGUUCGACUCAGCACCCAGCCACUCCAUUUCUGCCCGAACCAAGACCUUCCGAGUGGACAGCACCCCAGGCCCCGCCGCCUACAUGCUGCCCGUGGUGAUGGGACCACACACAGUUGGCAAGGUCUCCAAGCCCGCCUUCUCCAUUAAAGGCCGCAGCAAGCUGGGCAGCUUCAGUGACGACCUGCACAAGACCCCAGGUCCAGCGGCCUACCGCCAGACCGAUGUCCGGGUGACUAAGUUCAAGGCUCCACAGUACACCAUGGCUGCCCGGGUGGAGCCCCCAGGGGACAAGACCCUCAAGCCAGGACCAGGAGCCCACAGCCCUGAGAAGGUGACAAUGACCAAGCCGGGCGCCCCCAUCGUUACCUUUGGCAUCAAACAUUCUGACUACAUGACACCCCUGGUCGUGGACAUGGACUAG